ACGUCGUCCUGAAGCUGUGCUGUCAGUCAGGAUAGAAUCCCCCAGGGUAGGACCUCUCGUGAGCAAUCUCUCUAGGCAUUUCUAUUGACAUGCCAAAGUCAGGUGAAAACAGAUAGGCCAGUGAAACCACCCACUAUUUAUACCCCCACAGGACAACUGAUUCUGAAGCAACGAUCUGCUCUUGCGCAUAUAGUCCACGAUUCCCUUGAUAGAGAUCCCCGAGCGCCCAUCAUGUCUUCUACUACCGCUAAUGUGAAAAAGACGUCAGCAGUAACCCCCUGCAAGACGAUACGAGGCCAUACCGCGGGAGUUACAGGCGUUGCACACCUACCCGGUGGGCAGCGCAUCAUCACAUGCUCAUUCGACAGCUCACUUCGACUAUGGGACCUAGAGAGCCGUGCACAGAUAGGUGGCGAGUGGCGGGAUGAAGGAGAUGAGGCAGCAAUAAGGACCAUGGCAUUAUCUCCGAAUGGCAAGACUAUUGCCAGCGGAAGCGAGGAUGGGACAGUGAGGUUGUGGGAUGUUGAGACGGGGAUGGUUGUUGUCAAAUGGACUCAAGGACACACUGCUUUUGUGGAUUCAAUGUGCUGGAGUUCAAAUGGUGAGCGAAUUGUGAGCGGAUCAUACGACGGGACGGCAAGAGUGUGGGAUGUGAAAAGCAGCAAACCAGUCGAAGGUCUGAAUCCAAUCAAGACGGGACACGAACAUGUGUACGCGGUGAGCUACUCACCCGAGGCAUCAAUGAUUGCCACAGGAGGAUAUAACGAAAAUGGUUUCAAAAUCUGGGACGCGAAUACGGGCGAGCUGUUGCCCACGAUCAAACUCGAUCAAUCAGUUUGGGGCUUAAUCUGGACAUCGGAUGAAAAGAAGCUUAUUGCCGGAUUACUAGGGGACGAAUACUCGAUUAGGAUAUUCGACACUGCCACAUGGGCCCAAAUCGCUGUUCUGGAGGGUCACACACGUGUUAUCUACUCCAUCACUUUAUUUCCCAAUGACCGCCUCCUUGCGAGUACAUCUUGGGACGGAACAGCGCGUCUCUGGAAUCUUGACACAAACCUCCAAAUCGGGCCACCUCUUCAACACAAAGAUGACGUCACUUGUGCGGCCUUUUCCGCUGAUGGAAAGUUGCUAUCCACUGCAGGUUGGCAGAAUGAAAUUGCGUAUGUAUGGGACAUUCAAGCCAUCCUCAAAAAAGCUGGCCUAGAAGAUCUCUUGUCCAUACCUGAGGCACAAAAAUCUGAACUCAAAGACAAGCUAUCAGGUGCUAAUACUACGCGACAUCCGCCCAUCCGUCCAGCCCCACGUCAAGUGCCACCAGGCUUUUUCGAUAACGUGCAAGAUAGUGGUCCUUCCUCCACUACUCGCCGUGUCCAUCCUGAUCCCUGUCUACAUCGCCCACGUCGUGCGUUUGCACUAUCCUGGGGAUCACGUCCACAUGCGCUCCUCGCUCGCCUUCCCUCGCUCUUCCACCGUUCCCCACCCAAUGCCGAUGAACCAGUCGAACCUCAGCAACGUCCACUGGGACCUGGUACCUCCUCUCGUCGCAGUCCUCCUGUCGUCGACGUUCCAGUACUAGAUGACAAGAAGGCACUGUAUGUUGCUCGGCGGCCGGAACGAGCUAGCGACAAAGCAAAACGCGUCGACAGCUCGAAAUGGUGGGCUCGUGUUGUGCUGUUCCUCUGCUGUGUGUCUCCGCCCAACGACGACAGUCACUGACGGUGUUAGAACAUGGACGAUUAGAUAUCCUAAUAGGUUUGCCUAAACCUUUCAAAUAUACUUCAAAAUACUA